AGUCAUCGCAUUGCAGCAGAUAUGGAUUUGGUACCUCAUUUACCUGAUUGGUUAGAUCGUUGGUUGAGUUGGUGGAUAUCUUAUAGUCGGUUUUUAUAAGUGUAGAAAUAAAGGAUAUGGUUGCCUCAUACGAAGAAGAAGAGAAAGAAUUGGGAAAGAUUCUGAAGAGAUAUAGUGCUAGAAAGAGAAAAUGUAAACGUUCUCUAAUAGACGACGCUUCUGAAGAGGAUGAAGAAGAAGCCGCUUAUAGAAGAGAACGUAUACGUGUCCUAAGAGAAGCACAGAAAGUGAAAGAGAAGAGUAACUGGUUGAAUUGGGUGGACAACAAAGUGGACAACGUUCCAGAAGAAGAAAAAAAGGAAAACUCAGCCAUGGAAGGCUUGAAAUAUAACUUUGCACAAGAACAGACAGAUGUUCAAGAUGAGCGUAUGAUUGCGUAUAUUGAAAAAGAAGUUUCCAAGAGAUAUCGCCGCGAAACAGAGCAAGAAAAUGCGAAUCAAGUUAUCAUUCCUUCACAGUGGGAACAGAUUCAACAACUGAAACGUCAGUUGGGACUUCCUUUAUCCAAAAAGUCAUACCAGUCAGAGGCUAUUCUUCCAGCGGGAGGUAUGGAAGAAGUUUUAGUUGGUGAGAAUUCUUCUACAAGCCGCAGUUAUAAAUAAGUAUGGGAUGGUCUUCUCGUUUUA